AGAUCAACCGGUUCAACGGACCAACACAUGAAUGAAGGAGACAACCCGUGGAUCGACGCAGCAGAUUCGGACGACUUCAGAAGUGCCGUAUCGGAAAAUUCAUCUUUCUCGAUGGGCAACCGAAUGCGCGCCACAUCACGCACCAAUCCCCAUGCUGCGGAAGAAACGGUGGGACUGCGUCACUCCGAGCUAGCGGAGAUGGAAAAUCGUGAUGUACCCUCUACCUCCACCAACACUACCCCUCCAACGCAAGGUAAACAUAUUGGUGAGCAAUCGUCUUCGUCUCCGACGUCAAAUUCAAGCGAGGUACGGGUUGUCGAUGGCCGCUCACCUCCGGGCGUCCAGACGACAAGGAACGAGUAUCCGAGAGAUCGAACAGCUCGGAAAUGGAAACAGCAUCAGGGCAGAAAUCGCUUUUUCUGCGAUGGACAUAUAGUCAUGGCCCGUCAAAUAAACGUUUUCGUUUUCACGCUGUUCUUGAUCUCGACAACACUUACUCUGUUCUUCGUUUUCGAUGCACCUUUCCUUUACAACGAGGUUUCACCUGCUCUCCCAGUUGUCGCCGUAGUACUAUCAUUGCUAGUUUUGGUUAGCUUACUGAAGACAUCGUUCAGUGAUCCUGGUAUCCUACCUAGAGCACCGAAUAUGGAGGUAGCCGAACGAACACGUCAACAUUUUCAUGACGUGAUUUCUGAUCCCGAUUACAAUCCGGAUACUAGUGUACUACCGGAUCCUCCAAGAACGAAACAGGUGAAGAUAAAUGGACAGAUCGUUCGCCUGAAGUAUUGCUUUACAUGUAGAUUAUUUCGACCUCCACGAAGCUCGCAUUGUUCUGUAUGCGAUAAUUGUGUGCUCAAUUUCGAUCAUCACUGUCCAUGGGUGGGAAACUGCAUUGGUCAGAGAAAUUAUCGACAUUUCUACUUUUUCAUAACCUCGUUAGCGUUGCUCAUCAUCUGUCUAUUCGGCUGUUCACUUGCGCAUCUUAUGAUAUUGUCACGCACGGAGCAGUUUUUGAACGCCGUGAAGAUGUCGCCGGUCUCACUUAUUGUUGUACUUAUCUGCUUUUUCUCCAUAUGGUCGAUUGUCGGUCUGGCAGGAUUUCACACCUAUUUAGUUGCGACAAACCAGACAACAAAUGAAGAUGUCAAGGGUACGUUUAACAACAAACGACGAGCUCAGCAAGUCAUUAAUCCGUACUCCUUCAACUCCAUCGUUCAAAAUUGUUGCUGGAGGCUUUGUGGACCAGAACCUCCUAGCUUAUUGAAUCCUCGAGGCCAUCAUCCGACGAGACUAAAUAAGGGUAGCAGCAGCAACAUUUGGAACGCUCAGAGCCAAGUGCAUUUCUGUUGCCCCGGGUGCUCCGAAGGGAAAGGAAGACAAACUGAAGAACGGGUUAACGAGACGGCGUAUAUCGUUUUAGUUUACGGUUGUGGAGCCAGUGUUGAGAACUAUAGUGAUAGCUACCCGGAUGUCAUGGAUGUCUUAGCCGAUCAGGUUGCAUGGAACAAGGUUGCUAUUCCACAGCCCGUCACUGUAAUAGAAAUACCGAAUGGGGUGUGGGAGUGGAAGAAGUGA